AUGUAUCAUUCACAUGACACUUCACUAGAAGGAUCUCGUUCAGGUCUGGGGCUUGCAGCCAAUGCGGUGCAUUCGGAGAUUAAAGACCGGAUCACGGUGACGAUAAUGGAGUCGAUACGCCCGAUCAAAAAAAGCUCAGUGUAUUCAACGGUGUUUUGCGUACUCGAGGUCCGGCAGCAGCUAAGGACGGCACUAGAGCGCGAUUUCGAGUCGCAUGUUUCACUAGAAUGCAAAGCCGAGGAUGAUUUUGUGCUGGGAGAUCAGGAGAAAAACAGAAGACUGCUUUCCGCGACGGGAUUAUCGAUCAUCAAGAAGACGGGUAUUUUCAUAAGUUUGUGGAAGCUCUUGCGCAGUGACGUGAUGGUUUUGAAGAAUACAGUUGAUAAAUUCGCGAAGCUCGAAGACCGAGUGUUUCAAGAUCUUGUCUCCACCGAAAAGGAUAAAGAGAAUCGUGCAGGCAGACGACGCGGGAAGAAAACUAACCGAGAGAAUCAUGUUCACGAAGAACUUGACUACGAGUGUCUUCCAACAUUGCGUUUCAUACAAACGCACUUUGACUUUCAUUGUUCGCUGUCUUUCUGCUCAGAAUUAGGCGUUCUGACACGUGCACGCCGGGAUUCGGGGCUUGGAAGAUGCUACAGAAAAGGAAAUGGCACGUCGAAAGACGCCCAUUCGCUGUCGGUGCGGAUGUCAGGACCUUCGAAGGCUAGCGGCGUCAAAUAUUCUGCAGCAGCACGAUUGGCCGAGGACGCCACAGCACGCGUUUGGACGUGUUUUGAACUUAGCCCUGACAACCUGCGUCCGAGCCAGUCGUUGCCUUGCAUUCUGCCACCAUGUACGCUCCAGCUCAGUGCACGCCUACUCGGGCUCUCGUGCACAGAGCAUUACUUUAUGACGAAACUGGCGCUUUAUUGCCGUCUGUCUGAUGCAUGUGCCAAAUUCAGCGAGACGAUAUCCUUCCGCGCCUCCAUCAGCUUACCCCGCCAUCGCGCCUGCCGUCCUCGCUUGUCUGCCUGGACUGAACAUGCAUCGUGUGCCACGCCAUCCGCUUCAUCCCGAAAUUUAUCUCCUCACUCAAUCAUGGACGCCGGCUCUGCGUAUAAGAAGUCCUCUUCGAUGGGAUUCUCGGAUUCACCAAGAACUGCUCAGUAUUAUCCCUCAAACCAGCCCCAGCCCCAGCAUCUGCCUCACUACUCUUCAUCAUCUCAAGCACAGGGUUAUCAUCCUUCCCAGAGCGCAAUGUCUCAAUCUACGUACGCCUACUAUCAGGAGCAGCAAGGCUACGGCCAUGCCACUCCAGUCCAGUCAAACACUGCGACUCCAAUGCCAUCAUCUUACGCAUACCAAGGAUACUCCGCUCAUCCCGGGCAUGCGACUAUUCCGCAAACAACGGGCGGACUUCAUCCAUCACAAGCUGCUUUCCCUCCCACCCAACAACCGGCAUAUUCUGGCUACAGUAGCACGAGCUACGCCCAGGCAUCGCCGCAACUGUAUUCACAAUACCCCGAGCAUGGGCAAAAUGUUGCAGCAGCAUAUGCUCACCAACGUCGUAGUUCCUCGUCCACAGGCUGCUCUACGCCGUCGCCGCAGCCGUCGUCGUCCUCAGACCGCUUCCCAUGUCCCAAUUGUGAUAAAUCCUUCACACGUAACUUCGACCGCAAACGACACAUGGAGAUCCAUCUCCCAGGGAGCUCAGGGAGCAACCGCUGCCGUUACUGCCAGAAGGACUAUAGUCGGCCCGAUUCAUUGAAGCGGCACCUCGACAAUGGCUGCGAGAAGAAGCCACGCUCGUGAGGGCGCGCCGGACAUGUUCUCCAAAUUUUCACUUUUCUCUCUCGGCAUCUUUCUUGCACGCUCUCGGGCGGUUUGCAAGUCACUUUCUCUGCUAUCGUCCAUCCUCGCGCUCGUCGUAUAUUUAUUUGGGCCUCGUUCUCUCGCUUCGACGCCCUUCUAUGCGUUCACAUAUUGGUUCCCUUCUCCAC